AUGGAGGCGUUCUCUCCCCCGAGGCUGACCAAGUGGGCCGAGGAGUUUGGGUUUGAGGAUGGCGGAGCGUGCGAUUUGCAGACAGGUUGGGAUGCUCGCCAGCGCGAGGACGUCUCCCGGCCCUUCUGCGACCUGGAGACCGAGGAUCCGCCCCUCGUUUCGCGCAGCCCCCCCUGUGGCAAGCUGUCGCCGCUGCAGGCUCUCACGCCCGAGGACAAACGCAAGGACCUCGAGAAGUUUGAGCAAGAGGUUCAGGAGGCUGUCUCUUUUAUUGUCUUGUGCCUGGUGAUUGCGGAGUGGCAGAUGAUGCGCGGGAAGCAUUUCAUACUCGAGCAAUCCCGAGGGAGUUCGGCAUGGGGCUUGAAGGAGAUGACUCAUUUCCUAACGGAGUUGCCCCCCUUCAUCGCGGAGGCAGCGGCGCGCAGGUUUGGCAAGUUGGGCCGGGCGUCAGGGGUGCCCCUCGCCAAGGUCUGGCGCUUCGCCUCGGACCUUCCGGAGGUGGCCGAGGAGGUGGACCGCCAGUGCCGGGGCGGCCACGAGCACCAGGACGCGAUGGAGAGCGCCGGCGGCACGAAGCGUUCGGUCCGGCCCCAGAUCUACCCGGACAGGCUGGCGAAGGCGUUGGUGCGAGGCGCCUACCGUGCCAGAAUGGAGACCCAGAGCCACACCCGCCAGACGGCCGUCCACGAGGCGGAGGCCACGGGGGUCGGUGACCAGGAGGAUGACGAGGAGGCGGAUAUAGAGGGUAAGGGGCGCCUCACCCGGGACGACCUGUACCAUGGCCGGCCGCAGACCAUCGAGGCAGGCUUGCGCCGUCUACAUGUCAAUCUCGGCCACGCCCCGGCGCCUACCACGAUGAGACAUCUACGCCAUGCGAAUGCGACCGAGGCUGCCCUGAAGAUGGCCGCGGAGUUCCGCUGCCCGGAGUGCGACGUCAAGGCUGACCCGAAGUCGGUUCGCCCAGCUGCACCGGACAUUGCGCAGCCCCCUUUGAGGUCCAUCGGCAUGGACGUGAAGGAGCUCCCGGGCUGGAUGCCCAAUCAGAUCGUCAAGGCACUCAACAUCGGCGAUGACGAGGCGGCGGCUGACCUACUGCGCCUGUGCCGAGACAACUGGACUCGGCCCUACCUGCGCCCGAAGUGGAUCCGCCUUGACCCAGCGAAGCCCCACGUGUCCAAGGUCUUCACUAGCGCGAUGGAGCGGGACGGGACUACGACCCUGGACACGGCGGGCAGCGCCAAGGAGCAGAAAGGGAAGGUGGAGCGGCAUGGGCAGUGGUUCGCCCAGAUGCUGCGCGCCGUGAUCGCCGAGGUCCAGCCUCAGGACCGCGGAGAGUGGCGCGAGUGCGUGGCGCAGGUGCAGGAGGCCAAGAACUCUCUCCGGAGCGUCGGCGGGGUCGGCCCGGCCCAGAUCGUCUUCGGGCGGAACCCUCAGGUGCCCGAGGACUUGCUGGCGGACUCGCCGGACAUCGCGGCGAACAGCGCGGCCUUGCGCGACCCGCCGGCGGCGUUUGCUGCUCGAGUCCGAGCGGCGGCCAGGCGACAGGUCCUGAGCUACAACGACAAGCAGGCGACCCGCCUGGCCCUGGACGCGCGGCCCCGCAAGCUCGUGAAGUACCAGUCUGGCGACAUGGUGGCGGUCUGGCGCAAUGCGAAGCAGGUGGCUGGGCGACGAGCCCACUAUCGCUGGAGGCCUGGCGCGUGCAUGGGCGCGGUCCGCGGCAACUACUGGAUUGCCGUGCCGGGCAGUGUGCUGAAGGAUGAGCCGGGUGACUGGCCUAACGCGGAGACGGAGGGCAAUCAAGGCAGUGCUGGAUCCGCUGGAGCUCCCGGCGACUCUGAGCCGGCUGAGGUUCGCAAGCGGCUGCGGUGCCAGACGUCUGCGGAGGAGGCGAAGCGCCCGCGCGUCGAGAGCGAGGUGCCGAUGCCCCCUGGGAGCGUGGACCUGGGCCCCCAGGCUGCGAGGGCGAGUACCGCCCUGAAGCGAAGCCUGUCAGCUCGCCGGCCUGGACGACCCAAGCAGCAGCGUGUGCAGUCAGUUCUGGCAGUUACGGCCUCGCCCGACAGCGACGACGAUGACGAGAUCCUGGCGGUGGACAUAGAGGAGGUCCUGCUGGCCAGGGGACGGGCUGGCCAAGAUCGCACGGGCUACGCCAAGGAGUACAGCAAGCUGAUCGAGAAGACCCAGGCUUGGCGCCCCCUUCCGCUGGAGGAGUCGAGGAGAGCGCGGUCUACCCAGCCUGAUCGCAUCAUGAAGCCCCGACCAGUCUUGACGGAGAAGGAGGACGAGGAGGGCAACGUGGUAGUUAAGUGUAGGAUGACCGUCCAGGGGUUCAUCCUUGAGUUGGUGAUGGCGGGCCGCACUCAGGCCCCGACGCUGUCCUCAAACGGGAGGGCGUUCGUCCUCCAGACCAUCGCCUCGGCCGAGUUUCCCCUGGCCAUCGGGGACGUGGAGGGGGCCUUCCUCGAGACGGAUGCGCCGCUGGCACCGGCAGAGCACGGCGCGAUCUACGUUUCGCUACCGUCGGAGUUCCUGCCGGACGGGAUGCACGGAGAUCAGCUCUGCGAGGUCAUCAACGGCUACGGCAGGAGCGACCAGCCUCAGCUGUGGUGGCUGACCUUCAGCAAGUUCCUGGUCGAGGAGCUGGGCUUCGUGAAGCAUCCCAUGGACCCGUGCGUGCUGCUGCUGUUCGAGGACGUCGGCGAGUCCGCGGAGUUUGACCUCGACGACUACCGCGUCAUCGACGGCCAGGGAGCAGAGCCUCUUCGAGUGGCCCGGCCUGGCGACCUGUGCGGGGUCAUCGGCCAGCACGUGGAUGACGGCGCGUUCGGAGGUCGGGGAUCUAUGUGGGCCGAGGCUGCGUCGCAGCUGAGGCGCCGCUUUCCCUACCGCAAGUGGCACGAGGAGGAGGCCGAGUUCGUCGGGCCCCGGCUGCGGCAGCUUCCCGACUACACCGUCGUGCAGACGCAGCAUCAGCACGCGUCUGAGGAGAUGGAGCGG